UCAUCGUCGUCCCUGGCGCGUGGUGUCCUCGUGUGUGUGUGUGUGUGUGCCCGUGUCUCGGUCCAUCUGCGAGUGUGAGGGCGUGUGCCUGAGUCCCCACCAGCCAGGGUCUCAAGCCCAUGCCUCCUCGAUUGUUUGCUUUAAUUCACUUCGAGAGCCUCGCCCGCCCCUAUUUGGCCUUCAGCCAUCCAGUUUCCUUUCUUCCCCACGGGCUCGGUGUCGUCCUCCUCGCCAUCUCCCCAACUGAGAGACGCAGCCAUCCCGAGCCAUGAUUCUACCACGCGAGGCCGGGUCGCCCGCCGCCAGGUCGCCCGCCGCCACGGAGGGAUCCGAGUUCGGCACGACGCCCGACACCAAGCCCCAGGCCAGGCUCGAUGGCGUCGCCGUCUGGUGGCUGACCUUCGCCGCCGUCUGGACCCUGCUCCUGGCGGCCGGCAUGACAUUCCUUUACAAGAAACGCAACACGCCGACCCUGAGACUGCGCGGACUCUCGUUAACCUUUGCCGGUCUCGUCCUACUGCACCUCUACUGGCUCUCGGUCCAGAUCGCCUACUCGGUCGGCCCGCUGGCCCCCGAGGUGGCCGAGUUCUGGAUCAUGAGCGUCUGGUACCCCUUCGGCAUCGCCCUGUUCCAUGCCGGCAACAGCCAGUUCCUGCACGUCGCGAAGGCCCAGAGCCGCUUCGCCCGCCCGCCGAGCCAAAUGAAGACGCGCUACGACGAGAAGCGGCGGCUCCAGAAGCCCACGUGGCUGCAGCGCAUCCGCCAGAUGGACUACUCCAAGCGCAUGUUUAUGUUUGUCACCAUGGGCAUGACCGUGCAGCUACUCAUCGUCAUCAUUAUCUACAUGGUCUCGCGCAAGUUCCACCCCGACUUUGGCGUUCCCGGCACCGAGGUGACAGGCAAGUCGGCUGCCGAGAUUGCCAUGAAGCAGGGCCGCGGCUGGGAGUGGUGGCCCUCCAUUGUUUGGCAGUUCGUGUGGGCUUGGAUUGUAGCGCCCAUCGUGCUGUGGCGGUCGCGCGGGAUCCGCGACACCCACGGCUGGCAGCGCCAGACCAUCGCCUGCUGCAUUGCUGGGCUUCCGGCAGCGCCAAUGUGGCUCAUCGCUCUCUACGUCCCGGGCAUGGCCCCGGUGAACCAGUACUUCGUCCCGCCACAGUGGAUCGCGCUCUCCAUCUUCGUCAUUGAAAUCUGCUCCGUGUUCGUGCCCUGCUGGGAGGUGCACAAACACCAGACCCUGCGCCAGGAGACGCUCGAGUCGAUCGCCAACUGGGAGUCCAAGAAGCGGUUCGGCGCCAAGUCGGAGACGUCGAGCGAACAGACCGCCGCGCCGCCGCUGAGCCCGACGUCAACCAAGGUGGGCGACUCCGCCGGCUUCGACUCGUGGAAAAAGCUGCCGGGGCUCGAGUCCAACACGGCCAGCCAGGCCAACGUGGGCGGCGUCCCCGACGACGGCGUGCUGACCAUGGCCGCGCUGGAGCACGUGUUGGACAAGAACCCGGAGCCGCUGCGGCAGUUCUCGGCCCGCCGCGACUUCUCUGGCGAGAACAUCGCCUUCCUGACGGCCGUGGCCGAGUGGAAGGCCGCGCUGCCGCCGGAGUUCGUGCGCAGCCGGUUCGACGCGGCGUCGGAGGGCAUGGUGCGCGAGCAGUUCACGCGGGCGCUGCGCAUCUACACCGAGUUCAUCAGCCCGCGCGACGCCGAGUUCCCCAUCAACAUCGCCUGGCACGACCUGCGCAAGCUGCAGGGUGUCUUUGAGCGCGCCGCGCGCAGCAUGAACACCGCCGGCGCCUCCAAGACCGUCGACGCCGCCACCCCCUUCGCCGACUCGGAGCUGGCCGACUUCACGGCCAAGCCGCCGCCGCCGCCGCCACACCAACCGCCGAAGCGCGACUCGCGCGACUCGCAAGCCCACAUCCUCGAGCCCAGCCCCACGCUGCCGCCCGCCGAAGCCGUCACCACCACCACCACCACCACCACCACCACCACCGCCCGGCCGCGGAGCACAGGAGCAACGCACAUCCCGCUGCCCGUCCCCGCGGUCCUGCCGCCCUCCCACGCCCACGCCAACAGCACCAACGGGAGCAACACCCCGUCACAACCGCACGCCUACGUGCACACCCCGAGCUACGCGCUCUACGAGGGCGACAUCCCGACGGCCUUCGACGCCGCCGUCUUCGACGCCGCGCAGGCCAGCAUCAAGUACCUGGUGCUGACCAACACGUGGCCCAAGUACGUGCGCGAGCGCCGCAGCUCCGAGACGGCCUCCUCCUUGUCGUCGUCGUCGUCGUCGUCUUCCAACGAUGGUAGUGGUAGUGGUAGUGGUAGUGGCAGUGGUGGAAGGUCAUCGAGAGGCUCGCGCGGGCGUCGUGGUCGGCGUCGUCAGGGCGGUGCUGCGAGCACGGUUGGUGGAGAGAGCGUGGGUAGUAAGGCGUCUGUUGGUCUGAAGGGCGCGUUGGAGUACUUGAGGGGGUUUAUUCACUGAUUUUUUUUUUCUCUUAUUUCUUGUUCCCCCCUCUACAACCCCUUUUUUCAUAUGUUUUUAUGUUAUUUAUCUUGUUCUAUUUACUUUACCUUUUCUCCCUUAUUUCUCGCUGUCCUUGCUCCUGGAUGUUUC